AUGACGCACCUGCCGGACCGGGCGUUCAUCUACAGCACAGCGCUCGUAUCCGUCAGCUGCCCGAGCAGCCUCGUCUCCAUCGGCCGCAGCGCCUUUGAGCUCUGCCUCCACCUCACCUCCGUCACCCUCAACGCCGGCCUCGUCGCCAUCGGCGACUGCGCCUUCAGCGGCUGCCGCUCCCUCACCUCCCUGGCCUUCCCCCCCACCCUCACCUCCAUCGGCACCCACGCCUUCAACCGCUGCCCCUCCCUCGCCUCUGCCGCCCUCCCCGCCGGCCUCACCUCCCUCGGCAUAAACGCCUUCGACCACUGUUCCUCGCUGGCCUCCGUCGCCCUCCCCGCUGGCCUCGCCGUCGUCGGCUUUCAGACCUUCUAUGGCUGCUCCGCCCUCGCCUCUGUCACCCUCCCUGUCGGCCUCACCGCCAUUGGCGACCAAGCGUUUCGCGGCUGCUCCUCCCUCGCCCGCGUCGCCCUCCCCGCCGGCCUCAUCUCCAUCGGCUACGCCGCCUUCCGCGACUGCCCCUCCCUCGGCCGCGUCACCGUGCCAACCCGCGUCACCGUGCCGACCGCCACUCACGCAGCCACGCACCUUUUCCCGCCCGCCACCGCCCUGCUGCGGCUUCCGCCCGCAAAGAUGCGCUGGUACGCGGCGGUCGACCUGGUCCUCGCCUACAAGCGCUGCCGCCCCGGCCUGCUCGGCUGGCUCGAGCGGGCCCAGAUCAGGCUCGACGCUUACGGCCCUGACGGUGCGGCGCGCCAGCGCGACCGCGAGGAGUUCGAGGGCGACUUUGCGGAGGGAGUGGGGUCGUCGAGUGCGUGA